UCUGCAAUGGAAUCUUGCAUUUUAAUCAUCACAAGCUAAAUAGUUGUUAAUUUGAAGCCAUUUACCAACAAGUCUGUCUCUACUCUUGUCUUGAGGGAUUCUAUUUUGCUAUAUUUUUUCGUUUCGUUCAGUUAUAUAUUUUUCGCAAUGGUGAUCAUCCAUGUUGAACAUGGCGCUAAGUAGCUUUGUUACGCUGUCACACUAGAUAACAUUACAUGAUCUGUUGAACUAAAAGCAAAGCUGUGAAGAUGAAAGGGAAGGACAAAGAAGUCGUCUCCACAACUUCGAGUUCGUCGAAGAGUUCAGAAAAGAGGAAGAGUUCUGCUCGUUUCUCUCUCAGGCGGAUAUUCUACUCGCACCACCGGCGCUCCAAAUCGCAGGCCAGCAUCGAUUUGGACAGCCGCUCUGAGAGCAGCAUCACCAAUACCAACCUCAUUGACAACAAAUACAGCAGAACUGGGCAUUCAUCGUCCUCUUCAUCUUCAGAUUCCUUACCCGUGUCGUCGUAUCCCACACAGAAUGUCUACUUAUCAGAGGCCUCAACACAGCCAGCAACACACCUACUCCAAGACGCAACCCAACAGCAACAACAACAACAACAGCAGCAACAAAAUCUACAACAGCAGCAACAACAACUACAACAACUACAAAAUCUACAACAGCAACAAAAUCAACUGCUACAGCAGCAAAAUCAGCAGCCACAACAACAACAACAGCAGCAGCAACAACAACAAUCGCAGCAAUCGAGUGCCCCUGAACGGGAAUGUCCGCUAUGUCUAUCCGAAUAUCCUGAAGAGCUCUACCCUAAUAUUAGCACCUGUUUUCAUCGCUCGUGUAUUGACUGCCUUAAACAAUAUCUCCGGAUUGAGAUUAUGGAAAGCCGGGUGAAUAUUGCCUGCCCCGAGUGUGCAGAGCGUUUCCACCCGAAUGACAUAAAAAUGAUACUUAAGGACCCAGUCCUCAUACAGAAGUAUGAAGACUUUAUGGUCCGGCGGGUACUGGUUUCAAACCCUGAUGCAAGAUGGUGCCCUGCUCCAAAUUGUGGCUAUGCUGUGAUAGCAACUGGUUGUGCCAGUUGUCCCAAACUGAAAUGUGAGCGACCAGAGUGUGUGACAGAUUUUUGUUACCAUUGUAAACAGAUCUGGCACCCUAACCAAACAUGUGAUGCCGCCAGAGCGGAACGGUCGCCCAACAUUCAAGCCCUCUCUCUCAACUACAGUCAUGAGACUGGUUCACAGAGGGACGACAUCAAGCCAUGUCCACGAUGUACAGCCUUCAUCACCAAGAUGAACGAUGGUUCCUGCAACCACAUGAAGUGCACAGUGUGUGGCACCGAGUUCUGUUGGCUUUGUAUGAAAGAGAUUUCAGACCUUCAUUAUUUAAGCCCAUCUGGCUGUACGUUUUGGGGUAAGAAACCAUGGAGUCGAAAGAAGAAGAUUCUCUGGCAGUUGGGGACACUAAUAGGUGCUCCUGUUGGGAUAACGCUAUUUGCGGGAAUCGCUGUUCCAGCGCUAAUCAUUGGAAUACCCGUAUGGGUAGGAAGACGGUUGCUUUCCAAAUAUGAGCAUUCCCCAAAACACAGAAGAAAUGUGACAAUUGCUGCUGGAGUCGCCGCCUCAGUUCUGUUUUCACCUGUAAUUGCCAGUUUAGCUGUAGGUAUUGGAGUCCCUAUCUUACUAGCUUACGUCUACGGUGUCGUACCAAUUUCGCUGUGCCGCAGUGGUGGCUGUGGAGUUACUACAACUAACACUGGUGUCCGAUUUGAAUUUGAUGAAAAUGAAGUCACUGUCGGUUCAAAUGGUCCUUAUGCCACUGAUAACACAACUGCCGAAAACAUCAGUCAUGUCGCCAAUCCCAGCAUUGCUCCAAGCAUUGGAGAGGCUUCAGUUGCAAUGACGAAUAGCCUUAGUGCCAGUGGCAGCCAUAUUGACCGAAUGGGCAUUUUACGAGACGAAUGUGACCGGGAUUCAGCCAGUCACAGAGCCACAACAGAAUCCAGCCUCAAUGGGAGCCUCAUAGAAGGGGGUGGCUAUCACACAAAACUUGAGGUACAAGCAGAUGUUUUUAUUAACCCCACUGUACGUGAAAGAACCAGCCUAAGCAGUGAAUCGGCAAACUUCAGCAUUGGUGAAAAGUCAGCUACAGUCUCCUAUGGAGAUGAUGCCAGUACCAAAACUUUGGCAGGAUCCAUUGCAGGUUACAGAGACAAAGACAGCAUAUCAGCGACAUCACCCUCAUUGGAAGCCCAAACUGAGACAGUGUCCACCAGGUGGCGCAACAACAGUGGCAGCAGCAUUGGCGCUGAAAUCAAAUGCAACCAGGUGGCCUCACCAAUCCAGUGGUCCCCAGUAUCUGGACGUAGUGGCAGUUUUUCUGGGGACGAUGUGAAAUGCAGCUACAUGAAGCAUCGGAAAGCAAUGAGGUUGAGCAUUGACGAGAAAAUCCACGAACAUCUGGACAGUCGUAGCACCGACCUGGACAAACCAAGCACCGAAAGUGUUUGCGGUGUUGGUGGCAGUGGUGGUGUUGGAGGUAGCAGUGAUGGUAAUGUUGUUGGUGUUGGCAGUGGUGCUGAGCUGAAGAAGUGUAAUCGGUCCCAGGAGCAUGCGAUGAGCUUGCCACUCGUGAACGCCCAGUGCAAAGGGUCAUCAAAUGAGAACAUGAAUUGCUGUUCGUCUGUCACAGGCAAGAGUCUGCCAGGGCUGACGGAAGUUGAGAACGGGGUCGGCGUCGUCGGGGGCAACGGCUGCUAUGGUGGCGUUGGGGUGCAGCACCCACUCUGCUCGCUGGCCGCUGCCAAGCCUCUGUCCCUGAUGAAUGCCCGCAGUAACCUGAACAGCUGCUGCGCAAUGUCCGAUGGGUCGGAGGUGUCCGUCCUCCUGGACGGGCGUCUUGUCGUCCCUGUCAGUGGAGCCUCUACCAGCCGGAACGGCAGUCGUCCAGCUGGAUCCAGCGGCACCACUUCUCCUCCCCCUACUACUACUACUACUACUCCUCCUCCUACUACUACCACUACUCCUACUGCUGCAGCUACUGAACAGGACUUUGACGGGCCUUCCCGCUGCCUGCGCAGACGCAGCUGCGAACUGGCCCUGGAGCAUGGACGGCUUUCUCCGAAACUAGAAUGACUGGUUGCAAUAACUGGGGACAUGUGGAGAAUUGAGGCCCUUCUGGUGCACUUACAAACAUGUGUACAUACAUACAUACAUACCUACAUAUAAAAAAUAUAUAUAUAUGCACACACACACAUGUUUGUAUGAUGAUGAUGAUGAUGUGUGUUGCAUGUGUAAUCAUGCUCCCUCUUGUUUGUUCUCUCUCUCUCUCUCUCUCUCUCUGUUACUUUGUCUUGUCUGUCUGUCUCUCUCUUUUACAUGUGUGUGUGUGUACACACACACACACACACACCAACACAAAUCUAUAUUUACCAGUAACACACACACACACACACACACAAACCUGUACUUGGACAUUCUCCGUAUCCAGACCUCAACUCUCACUCUCACUCGCAACAAAAAACAAAACAAAUGAACAAUAAAAGAAUGAUGUUGCGAAAGUGGUGGUGGUGGUGGUGGGGGAUUGAGGAAAUGUGAUGAUGAUGAUGAUGAUGAUGCUCAAAGGGACUGUCACCCGGUGAUGGUCAUCGCGGAAGGGCAUCUUUUCAGCUGACACAACUCUUUGCUAUCAGUAAUUAAUUACAGUUGAUUGUUUUGUAGGGUGACAGAACACAACAACAAGAAGGGAAAAGAAUAAAAUGUGUGUGUGUAUGUAUAUACAUGUAUGUGUGUGUGUAUGUAUGUAUGUAUGCACACACACACACACACACACACACACACAUAUAUAUAUAUAUAUAUAUAUAUAUA